CAUUGUCUCUGAGCUUUGCUUACUCAACUCACUGACUCCAUUGGCGUUUGCUUGGACUUCUCCUUUUUAAUCUAUGCCUAUAAAGCUGUCUCAGCAGUAAGUGGAGGCAACUGUGGAGCUCAACAAUUUUGUUUUCAGAGGAUCACUGCCCUUCAUUGCAUGAUAGCCAGACUUGAAAAGGAUUUUUUCAUAUAUUUUAUCUUUUUUUUCUUUUUAGUCGAUUAAGGCAGAAGAAUAAAUCUGGUCCCUAUUAUUCUAUUUUGACAGGGGACAGAAGUUUGUAGAGUUGAUCUUUCUAAGUUGAAAGCACUUUGCGUUUUAAAGUUCGAAAGCCGGGCUCGCAUUUUACAUAACACAUUAUCUCUCUUCCUCUAGCGUGUUCUGCUUUCACUUUCCUGUUCCUGCUUAGAGCCGACCUUCUUACAAACAGCACAGAGGUUUUGCCGCUUUUUCAGAGGAUUUGCCAUUUUUUUCAGAGGCUUUGUCGUUUUCUGACGGUUUGUCGCUUGUCUAAGCAGCAAAAUGACAGAGGCUUCACCGAAAGUACUACAGACAGACCUUAUUUCCAGAGAUGGCAUGGAGGAUGCGGAAUCUGGUAAAACUCUCCAAAGAAAAUGUGCAGCAAUAAUAGUUCCUGUAACCCUUGCCAAGAUUUAUUGUUGCUUCAGCCUUAUAGCAGUUCUAACUGCAAGUGUGAUUGUGCUUUCUAUUCUUUUGGCAGUGGGACAGGCAACAUCAGUCUUAGAGGUCCCUGUGUCUGUUGGCUGCCCAAAACAAUGGAUUGGAUUUGGAAGUAAAUGUUUUUAUUUUUCUGAAGACGCAAGGAAUUGGACAUUCAGCCAGGCUUUCUGUGUCUCAUUAGAAGCUGAUCUUGUUCAGUUUGAAACCCUGGAAGAACUGAAUUUCCUGAAGAGAUACAAAGGCCCUUCUGAUCAUUGGAUUGGUCUUAGCAGAGAAUCAUCAUAUCACAUUUGGAAAUGGACAGAUGACAGUGAAUAUAAUGCCUCGUAUGUUAUCAAAGGAGUUGGAGAAUGUGCCUACCUGAAUGACAAUGGAAUCAGUAGUGCCAGGACCUACACGGAUAGGAAAUGGAUUUGUAGCAAGCCAAAUGAUAUCUACAGUGGGAAUCCCAUUUGAGAUGUUUCAUUUUGCAAAUUGGAUGCUUUUAAUAUUUCAGUCAGAACUAGACUUGGACUUCUACUGUGUCUCAGAAUAUGAUGUAAUGACCAGAAAGGACAUUGAGACCUCAAGAGCAGAGAUAACCAAAAAAUAGGUGGAGAGCAAGAAAUAGAAAGACUCAAAGUAAUAAAAAUGGAAAAAGAGAGGAGCCAGGACAAAAGAAGUGAACUCAUAUUAGAUUUGUUGCGACAGGAAUUCAGAUGGAAAUUGUGGGUGGGACCACAACUUCUGGUGGGACAAGCUAGGGUAGACUCAUGUCUCCCUGAGCCUCAUCUGAAAAUAGCACAAAGGAAAACCAGUAGAGAAUUUUUAAAGAUGACAAGAUGAAGGUGAGCUGGUUUUGGCCCCCAGGACUGGAGAACCAACACAGUGGCAGGGCAUCUUGUGUCCUCUUCUCACUACAUCCAAAAGAAAGUUACUAUGACUUGGCAUUUCCUGACCCCCAACCUAAGAAUAAAAGGCAACCCAGGUAGACUCUUCCCUUAUCCUGAUUGAUGGCUUCCCACUGACAAGAUUAGGUGAGUCCAGCAGCACCAGCAAAGAGGAGAUAUUGGGAGACCCACUGACAAUGUGCAGCCAAGGAAAGCACUCACCGUUCCAGACCUGAGACUCCCCUCUCUCACUCAGAGACACACAGGGUCAGGAACACCAGCAGAGAUGAACCCACCACAACAAGCACACCAUCCAGGAAGCUUCCUUUAUCUCUGGGCUGAAGACUCCCUUCCUCCACCUAGAUGCGCGAGCCUGAGCAGCUUGGAAAAGCUCCUUCUGCCCCUUCCAGCAGCACCAGCAGAGACCAGGGGAGCCCUUGUGGUACCAGAAAAACCAAGAAGACCAAAAUAACACUGUAAAGUCUCUGAAAAUUAGAGUGUCAUUGGAACCACAGAUCACAAAAAUGGACUAGAACAUGAAUACUAAAUCUAAACAGGGUGACUGCCUGCUGAAAGAAAAAUAAAUAAAUACUUCCGAGAGUCUCCAUACAUAAUAGCCAAAAUGUCCAGGAUACGAUAGAAAAUCACCCAGCAUAUCAAGAACCAGGGAAACUCUUGACAAAAACUCUUAGAAAAUUAAGAAUGGGAGGAAGUACCUCAAGUCAAUAAAAGGCAUCUACAAAAAACAUACUGCUAACCUCAUAUUUAAUGUUGAAAGACUAAUUGAUUUCUCCCUAAUAUCGGGAACAAGGGAAUUAUUGUGGCCACCUCUUGCCACCACUGUUGCCAGUGUUCAACAUUGUAGUGGAAGUUUUAGGCAGUGCAAUGAGACAAAAAUAGAUAAAUAAAUAAGACAUAAAGAUUAGAAAGGAAGGAAUAAAACUACCUCUAUCUGCAGAGCCCAAGAUUGUCUAUGUAGAAAAUCUACAGAAUAUAAAAAACAAAACAAAACAAAAACCUCCUAGAACUAAUAAGUGAGCUCAGCAAAGGUUGCAGGUUACAUUCAACACACAACACACAAAAAUUAACCACAUUUCUAUAUAGUACCAACAAUUAAUACGUGGAAACAAAUUAAAAACACAAUAGCCUCCGUAAUCAUUCCAAAGAAAGUGAAAUACUUACGUAUAAAAUUAAAACAUAUUCAGGACAUGAAUGCUGAAAUUUUAAAAUGCUGAUGAGAAGAAAUGAAAGAAAAUCUAGAUAAAUGGAGGUACAUACUGCUUUCAUGAAUUUGAAAACUUAACAUAGGGAAGGUAUUCCCAAGGUGAUCUACGGUUCUUCCCAAAGUGAUCUGUAGCUUUAAUGCAAUUUCUGCCAAAAUCUCAGCAAGAUUUUUGUAGGCAUAGACGAUAGAAUAGUUUAUUCAAGAAUUUAAAUGGGAAGACACAGAACCUAGAUUAGCUAAAACAAUAUUGAAAAAGAAGAAUAAAGUGGGAGAAAUCAUUCUAUAUGAUGUUAAGACUCACUGUAUUGCUGAGAUCAUCAAAGUAAUAUUGACAGAAUUCUGGACACACAGAUUUAUAUAACAAAAUAGAGAACCCAUAAAUAGACCCACAUAAACGUGAUCAAGUUUUCACAAAGGUACAAAAGCAAUUCAGUAAACGAUGCUGGAGCACUUGGACAUCCACUGGCAAAAAAAUGAACCUUCCCCUGAGCCUCACAUCUCAAAUAUUAAGCCUAAAGGGAUCAUAGACUUAUAUCUAAAACACAAAACUAGAAAAAUUUAGAAAAUAAAUAGGAGAAAAAUUUUUGCAUAUAGAGGUAGGCAAUGAAUUUUUAGGCCUGAUACCAAAAUAAAAAAUCGAUAAUCUGGACCUCAUCAAAACUAAAAACUUUUAUUCCACAUAAGACCCUGUUAAGAUCAUGAAAAGACAAGCUAGGGACUGGGAGGAAAAUUUGCACACCAGCUGCCUGACAAAGGACUAGUAUCUAGAUUAUAUAAAGAACUCUCAAAACUCAACAAUAAGAAAAUCAAUUAGAAAAUGGGUGCAGUGACUAUUUUUAAGAAAGAUUUCAUGUUUUUUA